AGAUGAUUCCGAAGUGGACGAGUGUUCGUCGAGGAUCACGCGUCAUUGCGCCUUAACGCGACGAAUAAACGUUUCUCGGUUGGGAAGAGUCGAGACGAGUGGAGCGUAGAAGCGGAAGAAACGGGCAACGAAUAGAAAUGGUAGGGAACACUUUCCCUCGGUUGAUCGGAGUUAGGGACAUCGCGGAGCGGCGUGGCGUCGUAGAGGAAGAAAGGAGAAAAGAGCGAGAGAACGGAGAGAGUGAGGGAAGGAUUCCGCCGAGAACAAAGUGUGUCGAGGUCUUUUCACGGACAGUCAUCGUGACCGAGGUUUGCCCCGUGCAAUCACGAAUGUUGCGCGUUUCGACGGUUUUCUUCCUCCGCUUGAAUUUUUUCAUCGACUCCCUCCUUUUCGUCUCUCUGGCCAUUCCCCUCCCUAUGUACGCACUCUCUCUUUCUCUCUCCCUGUCACGACUCAAUAGACGGCGAACAAUUCGCCGGUAGUCUCGCGAACGCAACAAUUUUCUCGAAAUAGUUCAACGUCGCGUGUCUCGCGUCUCGCGUUAGGUGUAGUGUGUCAGGUACGGUGACGAUAGAAACAUUUGGAAUGUCGGUGAAAAGAAUUCAUUGAUACGUUGCCUCGUCAGAAUGUGGCUGUCCACCGUUCUCGGUAAGUGAUCUCGAUUCUUGCUUAGACUUAGGCGCAACAUCGCUUUUCGAAAUCGCGCAUCGCUCGCGCGCGAAACAUUACCUAUGGGAAUCGUCGCGUUACGCGGGAAAAUUUCAAAAGAGUGACGCCUGGGUUUUUACGCAAUCAAAACAGUUUCACUUUUAUCGAUAGCUUCCGUUUAACAUUUUUUAAAUAGGACGUUCUCUAAUCAUAAAUUCAAGUACGCAAUAUCGAAUCGAAAAUUAUAAUCAAUUUGCCCGCAUCGUGCGGGUUGAGUUGCGCGCAACUUGGCUCGUUCGAAAUUGCUUCGCGGUCCAGAUCGAGUACAUUGAACAGAAAAAAGAAUUACUAAGGCACGAAAGGUAGACGAAGAAAUGGACGAAGAGAGUACGUCGCAUGAUUGUGCUUUCGAAAAAGUUGAAAUUGAUGCGUUAGCAUCGGCGAAAGUAAACGUAACAGAAGGAUAGAAAUCAUGCGACACUGCUUUCCGCGAAGAAAGAUGAUAAGCACGAUUGCUAAGUAAAAGAACCGGCUUUGUUGUAAAUCUUUAAAUUUUCUCGUAGCUCGUCGCGAGUCAAAUGAGAGACACUCGAUCUGCUAUUCUCUCUUUUUUGGCGGCGCGUUCGCGUAUCCGUGGUCGGUACGUAUCAGCAAUGAAUCAGUGAACGGAAGAAAGGCGCGCUUUCUCGUCGAGCAACUUUCACCAUCGAUGAAGUCCGUGUGCGUCGACUCGUUCUCCGAAAAAGUACUCCCUCCACGAACCACGCAUGUUACGUUUGGCUCUUCUUGUUCUUCUCUCUCUUCUAUCAGCCUUCUUUCCGCGAAAUACUGGAGCAUAAAUCUGUGGUGGGCGUACGAAGUCGGAUUACUAGUUUUGCAAAGUAGCAUUUAAAUUAGCUAUAAAAAUAAACUACGUUCGCGAAGAUCGAUUUGUUCCAAUGUUCCAAUCUAUAUUGCACAGAUAAUCACGAUGCAUUCGCUCGCGAAGCGUGACAAGUUUCGCUCGCGCCUCUGUUACCGCUUCUAAUUCGAUUUCACGAAGAAUCGAGUUACGUACUCAAGAAUUUUCCUAUCGAUUUUGCUCAAGUUCGCGAAUCCAAGGGGGGAAAUCGUGUUAAUAGGUCGGUAGGAGAAGAAUACGAGCAUGGAGCGUGCAUCAUGCAUCGUGCAGUUGCUUUCGUGUUUGCGACGGUCCAUCGAUCGUCAUCGUCCAACGUUUCGAUCGUUUCUUGGAAGAUUCGAAAGUUAGCAGACAUCGUUCCAGUCAUGAUUCAGAAAAUUCGAAAGAAUCGGUACUUCAUCCCCGACGCUAUCGCGUACGAUGAGCGAUCGUAUUAGAGUCACGCUUACGAGUUAUACGUGUGCUGGAUCGUUUCGAAUGUUUCAGAACUGUGCACGAUAUGGAGUUUGGUAACGAGUGCCUGGUGUUACAGCGAGGACAUGUCGCGUUACCGCUAUCAUACCGUACGCGACACCUACGACGCGAUACCAUCAUCGUCGAACAGGUACGGAGUCUCCGAAGCGAUACCGAUACCGAUAUCACCCAUGCGGGGAUGGAGCGAAGCGGAAGCGUGGGAUAGCGGUGGCCCACGAAGAUCGGUCACAGGAAUUAAUCGGAGGGAUACGCGGCCUUACGUAAGACUAGCGAAAGCGGGACAAUCGGAAACAUCGGCAGAUCCGUUAAUAGCGAUCAGUGAGACUUUAGGUGCUUUGAAUACCGUUGGCAGUUACAUCGUCAAUAUGACCAGGGGUGUGGAGAAUUCCAAUUACCCACCGAAAGAACUGCCAUCGGCCUUGUACACCAUUUCGAAAAAUAUUCUGGGUCGCAAUGUAACCGACAGUAUAGCACCGUUGGUUCGAGGAGUAACGAUGCCCUUGCGAGCUACGCCGGGCUCCCCUGUCGAAAUCACUGAUCGAGAAAGAGAUCCAUCCGCAAGCGCAACGUCGACCAGUUGCACCACAGCGGACGGUGCCCCCGGAAAAUGUCAGGAUCUCAGUAAUUGCCCUCAGCUUCUCUUGGAUCUGACCAAACUGAGACAAUCGCUGUGUUUCAAAAGCCUCUUCGUACCUGGCGUUUGCUGUCCGCUAACCGAUAAACCGGACGAUGGACCGAGCUCCAUAAUCAGUGUAAUUCCGACACCAGGACCCGCAGUCAUACAUUCACGACCACCGAUCCGUCCGACGAAACCACAGACGCCAAGACCGAUUCCCUUAUUCCCCGUCUCUGUACCUUCUACGACGACCAACCCUUCCGUCACGGAGUUCGUAUCUUUGCCGCCCGUUGAUCCAUCCUUCAACGAAUCGAACAGUUUCGUUGAACCUUCCAUUUCUGCCACCAUCGACAACAAUUUUAUCCAAGACGACGAAGAAUGCGGGGUAAGAAACUCGGGUAAAUAUCGGGUGGUCGGCGGCGAGGAAGCUUUACCGGGACGUUGGCCUUGGAUGGCCGCAAUAUUUCUACAUGGCUCGAAACGAACGGAAUUUUGGUGCGGUGGUUCUUUGAUUGGAUCAAGAUACAUUCUCACUGCUGCUCACUGUACGCGCGAUCAUCGUCAACGGCCAUUUGCCGCGAGACAGUUCACCGUACGACUCGGGGACAUAGAUCUCGAGAGGGACGACGAACCCUCCGCUCCGGAAACCUACAUGGUGAAGAAAAUUCACGCGCACCCAAAAUUCUCGCGAGUCGGAUUCUACAACGACAUAGCAGUUCUCGAACUGACUAGGCCCGUCAGAAAAUCUCCAUACGUAAUACCAAUUUGCUUGCCACAAUCUCGUUACCGGAACGAGCGAUUUGCUGGCGCGAGACCCACGGUAGUCGGAUGGGGUACCACCUACUACGGUGGAAAAGAGAGCACGGUGCAGCGGCAAGCGGUGCUUCCAGUAUGGAGGAACGAAGAUUGCAACGCGGCUUACUUUCAACCGAUCACCAGCAACUUUUUGUGCGCUGGUUACAGCCAAGGUGGCAAAGACGCGUGCCAAGGCGACUCCGGUGGGCCAUUAAUGCUGAGAGCGGACGGUCGCUGGAUACAAAUCGGUAUCGUUUCCUUUGGCAACAAGUGCGGAGAACCAGGAUAUCCAGGGGUUUACACGCGUGUCACUGAAUAUAUCGAUUGGAUUAAGAGUAAUACGAAUUAACCGUGAACUAGUCUAUCGGAUUAACUUUGACGAUGCAAUAAUUUUUCUUUCGUUUUUUUCUUUCCGAUAAAAUUGCCUUGAUGAUCAAGUCUUUUAUCGGCUGUAUAUAUCUGUGCCAAUGAUUAUUUAUCUUUAAUACCAUGCUACGGGAUGUUACGUGAAAGCAUUUUACCGAUGGGAGACGCCCAGUCUUUAACCCAAAUUAUGGUUAAUUAUUUCGUGGUAUUUCCCAAUGAUUGAUGAUUAAUUCGUUUAUACGCGAUAUUCGAUGUAUCGUUACUCUACGCUUAUCUUGCUGUACGAAGUAAAAUUAAACUCGCCAUAGAGUCACAUGUUUGUAAAGUCACGUCUUUUACGUUCGCGUAAAAGUAUGUCUGUAUGUAUGUAAGUAUAUUUGUAAUUGCAUUAAUAGUUUCUUUGUGGCAUUAAACAAUCUAUUGUUUCGUUAUUCUA